AUGGACCCGUUCGGAGACGACUACGCGGCGGACGGCGACGACGUGUCUCAGGAGGUCGCGGACUUUGCGCCGACGCCUGGAGACACUGCUGGCGAUUUCUACGACGUGGCGCCAGCAGACCACACGCAAGCGACGGAGGAGUCGUAUCAGCAUAUGGAGGGAAUGUCAGGAUACUCGUUCGAGGAGCAGGGAGAGCUGAUUGGCCACGUGCAGACGAGCCGGCCGUCGAUGGCAACUUCUGCGCACAUUCCGCUGAUCGAAGAGGAGAACGAGCUCACGGUGUUCAUGCGCGAGUACGAGCAGAAGAUUGUGCUCAAGGCGCAGGAGCAGGAGCAAGUGGCGGUCGAGUGCAAGGCGAAGGCCGAGGACGACAUGGCACAGUUUGUUGCGGAGCGACAGCGCAUUAAGGAGGCCAAGAUGCAGGCGAAUCGCGUGUUUGAACAAGCUGCACUGGAGAAGAUGGCGGCCGAUUUGGAGAGUGAGAACCCGUGGGAGCGCGUGGUGACGCUCGUGGACCUCGAGACGAAUCGCAAAAAGAGACUUGCGGCUCUUGAUACCAACAAAGACUCGAAGCAGCAGGAUCCGAAACAUGAGGUCGUGUCGGCAACGAAAACGUCCGUGGACGAGGAGGACGUCUCGAGGAUGCGCCAACUGUUUGUGCAGCUCAAGACCACGCCACUGGAGCAGACGCGUGCUAACGCUGUGGCAGUGAAUUGA